AUGGAGAAGCUAACAAUACGGAAAAUCAAACAAAUUUCUCAAUACUUAAAAGAUUUGAAUAAAGGAAAACGUUUUUUUUUUGGGAGGAACUCAAGAAACAUAGGAACAUAUGCUAUUCGUACUCAAGAUGCCAAGUUGAGUUCAGACAAAUUUGUGUUAAGAGCUGAGGAGUGCCCGAAACUAAAUCCUUUCAGAUCAAUCCACAAUGGAAUCAAAACCUUCUGUGCCUAUUCAAAGAUAAGGUCCAAGACAACUUUGUUACUUUGGGUUUCUGGGACUAUGUUGUCUUCUUUUCCUGUUCAGCAGGAUUCCAGGAGAGGGAACUCAUGCAACAUUCUCCAGCUGUCAUUUCGCAAAUGUCUUCUCACUGAUAAUGGUGCUUUGACUUCUGACUGGAAUGAGCUUCUUCCCGAUGCAAGUAUUGCAGAUCCAGAACCAAAAGUUGAUGCUAUUUUCUUUAUGCAUCCACUGUGUUCCUUAUUACAUAUUCUUUUGGUACGUCAACAUAUGUACAAUUUGUCAACAAAUUUCUCACUACAGCAGCCCAAUAAACAGUCCAACCCACACGUGGAGAAACUUGCACGGUUGUUGUUCAAUCAUCUUCCGCAAACUGUGCUCAAACCAAGCAGCGAAUGCGUUGGACACCAGAACUUCAUGAAGCCUUAUUGGGGGCAAUCAACUAGCUUGGUGGAAGUGAAAGUAAUUCUUCCUUUACCUCUUAAAAGAGCCACUCCUAAGGGUGUUCUGAAGCUAAUGAAAGUUGAAGGUUUGACCAUCCAUCACGUAAAAAGCCACCUACAGAAAUACCAAACAGCUAGAUACAAUUAUACAAACCAGAGGCAACAGAAGGUGUGCCGUUGCACCGAUGCUCUAAUAUUCAGAAACAACUCCGUUUUAUGUGCUGAAGUUAAUAAUUCUUAUUAA